CCUUAAAUAGAGCGCCUGGAGUUGCUGUUCAUCCAGGCCUGGCGAACCAACGUGGAGGGAGAGCUUCUCGCAUUCCUAUUCGGUACAGUGCGGCCCGGUCAUCAGGAAUUUAUCACGCGAGAGCUCAUGAUCCCGGUGGCGCAGCUGGCGGACGAUCUCCCUCUCGACAUCAUCUCGCAAGACGACGAGCAUCCAAUUCCCCAUGUACUUUCUCGCACAUUGACACCCUAUCUUCAGUGGUCGGCUUGUGUAGAGGGAGCCGCAGAGCGCAUCCCGCCGUCGCAACAACAAUAUUUGGAUCCCCGGACGAUUCGUGAUCCUGCCUUCUUCAGGCAUCCUACGGCGGAGCAGUUUGCGGCCAUUCAAGAAGAAGAGGAGGAGGAAGAGAGUACCGGGAGUGACGAAGACAAAGACGGGCUGGAAGAAGGCGGGGAUAGCGACGAAGAGCUCGGGGAAGAAGACGAAACCCCCGAAGAAGGAAGCUAUAGCGAGAAUAGCGAGGGGGAACAAAGCGAAGAAGAAGAAGAAGACGAGGAAGGAGAAGAGGAGCACGACGAAGAGCUUGCUGGAUCGGAGUGGGAAGCCGUGCCAGGAGAAGCGUUGCGUACGGGUACAGAAGCAGAGGAUCUCGAGGCAGCACUGUAAGAACGACAUCGCCAUUAUUGGGCCUCGCUCCAGAACUCUCGACAUGCAGAAAAGACAAAACAAAUGGCUGUGUAUCUUCCUAUUUUCUAGCGGAAGAUUGAUUCUCAUUUUGCACAGUUGGUGAGUACUGGAGAGAGGGGCUGAGAGGCCCAUUAUCUGCAAAGUCUUCACAAAUAAAGGAAUGAAUGAAUCAAUAGCUGAUAUGAAGUUGGAAAAAAGAAACAACUGGCAUAAAGUUGGGGGCCACGGAAGAUUGUGUAGAGCUGUCCAAAAACAUCAGGCAUUUUCCUGGGCAAAACUACCAAAGCAAAGAAGGGGAGAAUCCAACAGAAAACUGGGAACCAAAUCAGAGAACUGCAAACACAAGUACACACUCAGCCACUCUUACAAAUGACGGAUGGCGGGUAGCUGCGCAAGGCGGCGAUGAUUUCUUUGACUUCGGCACCUACCGCCACUCUCCCCCUGAGGAUCCUCCUAUAUGGUGCUGUGCAGUGUUCAGUUUGUUGUCAACAACACUUAAUUCAGCUGCUCUUGUCAUCGUUGCACUCUCUCGUCUUCCGCGCUUGUGCCUCCAUGAAACUCUCUGGCGCUAUCGAGCAGGGAUUAUUUGUUCUUACCAACCAUGUAGACUGCAACCGUCUGUUUCUACUUCAACCAGCAGCACCUGUCUUUGCGAUACCUGCAAUUCGGCUUUUGCAUCCCUCCCUCCACAUUAGGUACCUGCACUCGGACUCGGACAUGCGAUCGAGAAAAUGCACAGCAGUGCUCCGCCGGAUACAAUACAUAUAUAACCGCUGUGUACCGCUGUGGAGCGGGCUGUCGUCGGCUGAGUAGCCCUGUACCAGUUCACACAUUCCGGAAUCUGAAGACAUCGGCCCCACAACGCUGAUGCUGAGUUGUCCAUUUUCAGCUGCGAGCUGGUAAAAACAAUAGGUCAUGGGCGGAGAGGACCCGUUGGUUGAGCUGCAGCUCAACUCUGAAGAAUCUGGUUCUAAUAAUAGAACUUGCUGGCUGGCGUUUGCAAGAAAACAAACAGUCUGCAUCUAGGCUGGGCCGAACCUUAGCCAAACGUGACUUGCACACUGGAAAGAACAUGUAAGAGGGGAGGAGCAGCCAAGUGAGAUGGACAGCGGGAAGGAGAGGGCGGUGGGGGCGGAGGAGGAGGGGGGGUUCUAUUGCUGACAUGCAGUAGAGAGAGGAGAACAGCCAAAUGACUCUCGGAAGCAGCAAGGCAAGGGAUGGGCCCACUUUGCGUCAUCUGCAAGAGACGUUAUGCCACCCAGUAUGCGGAUUGGCGAAGUCCUACAUAUAUUCCGCUGGAGCUCUUUAUGAACCGUGGAUUCUGCCCGAGCUCCUCAGAAGCAAAGCCGAGGGUUUGCUACUUGACU